AGUGGGAGUAUGAAAAAAAGGUUUAGAGUCUGCUAAUGUUCAAAUUAGAACCCUGUAAGUGCCGUUUUGAAUGAUUCAUGGAGGGUCCUCGCACUCUCCUUCCUAAUUUUUUGUAUUUUUUACGGCUUCCUAAAUCUGACUUGACCGUAGUAUUAAUUCGUUUAUUUUGACUAGAAAGUAUCUUAACCAACGAAAAUUCCCACAUUGCCGAAUCAAUGAUAAACUUGCUUGCGCUUUAACAGAUUUCCAAAUCAAUGCUGCAAUCGGUUAAAUUUCCUAUUUCUUCCGUCUAAAACGCUGCUGCUUGAAUUCAUACUGCAUUGCGUGUAAAACAGACAGCAAUUGAAAAUUGACUCCCAAAUUUUAGUUUUAACACAGAUCGGGCAUAUUAAAACCCUUAUUCAUUGUACCGUUUUCUCCAGUGGAUAUUUCCGAAUCAAUUUUGUGGUGAUUUUGGAAUAAUUUUGUGGGGUGAAUUUGAGCAGCAACCAUGAUCUCAGGGAGUAAGAUCAAGGCUCUAGACUUUUACAGAAAAAUUCCUCGAGAUCUAACGGAGGCAUCUUUAUCCGGGGCAGGUUUAUCCAUAAUUGCAGCAUUUUGUAUGAUAUUUCUGUUUGGAAUGGAAUUGAACAAUUACUUGUCAGUUAGUACUACAACGAAUGUUGUUGUUGAUAGAAGCCAGGAUGGAGAACAUUUACGAAUUGACUUCAAUAUAAGUUUUCUAGCUUUGUCGUGUGAGUUUGCUUCAGUUGAUGUGAGCGAUGUUUUAGGCACGAAUAGGCUGAAUAUUACAAAAACAGUUCGCAAAUAUUCCAUAAGUCCUGACAUGAAGGUUACUGGGCCAGAAUUUCAUCCAGGACCUAUUCCAGGUCUUUCAAAACAUGAAGAUCAUGACGAUGGAAGUUCUGAGGACCUUGGAGAUGGAUCUGUUGAGCUGAAUGGGAAAAACUUUGAUCGAUAUUCUCAUGAGUAUACAAUUUUUGUGGUCAAUUUUUUUGCUCCUUGGUGUUCAUGGAGCAUUCGCCUGAAACCUUCAUGGGAAAAAGCAGCCAAAAUUAUUAGAGAGAGAUACGAUCCUGAGAUGGAUAGAAGAAUCUUAUUAGGCAAGGUUGACUGCACUGCAGAAGCUGAUUUAUGUAGAAGGCAUCACAUUCAAGGAUACCCCUCUAUUAGGAUCUUCCGCAAGGGAAAUGACGUAAGGGAUAAUCAUGGACACCAUGAUCACGAAUCUUAUUAUGGAGAUCGGGAUACUGAUUCAUUGGUUACGGCUAUGGAGGCAUUGGUUGCAAGUAUUCCCGUGGAGUCAAGAUUGGCAUUGGAGGAUAAAUCAGGUUCUGCAAAUGAAACCAAACGGCCUGCACCAAAGACGGGAGCUUGCAGAAUAGAGGGCUUUGUACGAGUUAAGAAGGUGCCUGGAAACCUUAUCAUAUCAGCUCACUCUGGAUCACAUUCUUUUGAUGCUGCAACAAUGAAUAUGUCACAUGUCAUCAGUCAAUUUUCUUUUGGGAAAAAGCUUUCUGUGAAAUUGUUGAGGGAAGCAAGUCGUUUGUCACCUUAUGUUGGUUUAAAUGUUGAUCGGUUGUCUGGGAAAUCCCAUAUUACAACUCAUGAAAAUGUUACGGUUGAUCAUUAUCUUCAAGUUGUUAAGACAGAGUUAGUAUCAAACAGAAUUGACAAAAAUAAAGUUUUGCUUGAGGAGUAUGAAUAUACUGCACAUAGCAGUAUGAUGCAAACUGCAGCUGUCCCUGCUGCAAAGUUUCAUUUUGAACUCUCACCAAUGCAGGUCUUAGUGACAGAAAACAAGAAGUCAUUUUCACACUUUAUUACCAAUGUUUGUGCAAUCAUUGGUGGUGUUUUCACGGUUGCAGGUAUCCUGGACUCCGUGUGGUACAAUGGGAUGCGUUUGCUUAGAAAAAUGGAGCUUGGCAAGCAAUUUUAAGUCAGACAGACCAAUGAAUAUGUGUCGAAGUAACAACUUAUUUCCUUGGCUCCUCACAGAUUUUUUUUGUAAGUUGGGAAAGUGGAUAGGAUGUAGUUUAGAUAAUGCCAUUCAGUUGUGUAUCAAUAUUGUAGAGGGGAUUGUUUUCUUCCUUAUUUUUUAGGCUCCCGUUCAACUAUAAGAAUUCAUUUGUUAGAGGGAUUUCAGCACAUCUUUUCUGAGUCAUACAAUCGUAUUGUUCAUUGAUUAUACCCUUCAUCUGGUUGAGAGUUACUGUAGAAGUCUGCACAUAUAAUAUGUACACGCAGAAAAGGCCUCUUGAGAGAAUUUUGUUGCAAAAUGGAAAUACUACAAAUGCCUAAAUUGACACUCCAGCUCAGUGGAUUUCAGCUAACAUUUUUGAGUGACGAAUGGUAACAUUAAUUAAACUUCAUAAGAUGAUUUGUUGUGUUGUUUUGAAGUAGCAAGCAUGCUUUAAGAGGUAUGCAGAGUUGAUUAGUCUUUA